CUUCCCGGUGCAAGGCGCGAUGAUACCGCGCGAGCUCUCUUCUUGAGGGCUUCAAAACAAGUAUAACACCGCAUGCAUAUGGUAAUCUUGCUUUGAUUGUGCGAAUGUCCAGGUCGCGUAGAAGUGUAAUGUUGCAUAGGGCGCCAGCCCCACAGCAAAUGCAAUAGCACAGAGAUAUGCCUGCAAGAAGAACACAAAAGUAUGAUCGGACAGACUGAGAUAUAUAUUAUGCGCCCUUCCGCAACUGCCUAACGCACAACCGGUGCCUUGGAGUCGCGAAUCGUCACUCGAGUCCCCUAAUUCAUAGCUAUCCUUAACAUUGCGCGAGCAUUGAAAGCGUGUAACUUAGAUUGUUAGGUCCUGGGCAAUCUAGGCUGCUGCUUGCUUAUGCGAGUGAGAAAUUAACGCAAUCCAGUGCGCGACAAUUCAUCGAUCGACUUAUAACGCGACAACAAAGAAAGCAGUAUCGUUGGACUUAAUAUGGCGGGGCAGUUUUGCCUGAGAUGCGCGCGUGUUGCGGCGCUUCUUUUGUUUAGGAGCGCAUUCAUCGGUGCCGCUGAGCUGCCAUACGCCAACCAAACGUUCAAAGUAUGCACUUCAGCUUGGGCUCCCUUCGUCAUCUACAACGAAACCAGCGACACUCUGUCCGGAUACGAGGUGGACCUGUUUGAUCUCGUCGUCCAGAGGUUGGGAUUCAAGUACACAAUCCAGGUCAUGGACUGGGGCGCCAUGGCUACGGGCCUGACACUGCCGCCCGACGACCCCGCACACUGCGACAUCGCGCCCGCCUCCAUCCCCGUCACCACCACCGACCUGGCCAAUGCAGUGCGCUUCUCCGUGCCUACCUUCAGGUCCGGUUACGCAGUGGCGGUGGGAGUGCUCAAGCAGACCAGCGACGCGUGGGGCUUCACCAAGGUGUUCAACUGGCAGGUGUGGCUGGCGCUGCUCAUAUCCGGCAUGGGCAUCUCGCUGCUGGUGUGGUGCGCGGAGCGGGACUUCACGCGCCGCGGGAUGGGCAAGGUCAAGUACCCGGCUGGGUUCCGGCCCGGCAUGUACGAGGCUACGUACCGCACGUACGGCAAGCUGCUGAACACGGUGGACGAGCCGCGUGUCACCUCCCUGCCCGGCAAGCUGAUGGCGCUGGGCUGGGGUCUGGUGGUGCUGGUGACCAUCUCCACAUACACCGCCGGCUUGACUGCGCGCCUGACAGCCGUCAACAUCCAGACUAAAAUCAGCGGCAUUGCCGACCUUCCAGGCCGCAAGGUGGGCACGUGGGACGCCAUCGCCAAGAACUUCAUGAAGUACGGCAUCAGGCCGGAGCCGCUGCCUUGGGACACGGAGGCGGAUGGCCUGCGCAUGCUUGACAUGGUGGCCUCGGGCGGCCUGGACGCGCUCAUCCUGGACAGCCCCUGGCUGCGGUACCAGCUGGCGGACCGCUGCGAUGUCACGAUCGUGGGCCGCAUGUUCCAGUACGUCAACAACGCGGUGGGCUUUGGGCUGGGCGUCUCCCAGCGCUUCAUCGAAGACUACAAUCAGGUGCUGGCGGCGCUGAUUGAGGAGGGCAUGUAUGAAACGCUGGAGCUGGCGUACAUCCGGGAGAGCAAGUGCGGCAAGGUGGACCCCACCACCACCGUCACCUUCGCCAACCUGCUGGGGGUCUACCUUAUCAUGGUCGGCUGCGUGGGGCUGGCGCUGCUGCUCAUGCUGCUGCCGCGCCUGUCUGCCGGCUGCGACCCAGACAUUGAGGGCGGCACCAGCGCGGACGACCGAGACAAGUCCUUCAUCAGUCGGACCCUGUCGCGAGUCAGCCGCGCGAUGAGCAUGAGCAAUGGCGGCGCCAAGGCGGCGGCGGCACAGCAGCAGCCGGGGGGCUCCCGCGUGGGCAGCGGCAAAGUGGUGCCCGAGGGUGGCAGCAUGACGGAUGACCUCGACCAAGCCUAUGAUGAUGACCGUGACUCCGUUGCCGCCAGCAGCCACCACACGCCCUACGGCGGCGGUGCCAGUGGCGCUUGGCGCGUGCAGUUCCCCGCAGUACCAGCCACCACCGGCCACAGCAGCAGCGCUGGUGGCAUGCUCCCCCCGGGACAGCAGGCAUACACGGGCUCGUCGGCUAUGCGUCGGCCCUCGGUCCUGGCCAUGACUAAUAACGGUGGCAGCCACCACGGCGGCAGCCACCACGGCGGCAGCCACCACGGCGGCAGCCGCGGCGUAGGGCCAGCGGCGGCGGACCCGGCUGUAGCAGCAGGGCCGUCAUCCAGCAGAGUCAGCGUUGGCCAGGUUUCCACGGGCUUUAUUGCGGGCAUGACAAAGCCAGCUGGCGGCAGCGGCAGCCUGUCCCACCCGUCUUCGCCACCCCAGCAGCCGUCGCCGGCGGCCGCGGCUCAGCAGCAGCACGCUGCUACUGCCGCCGCCGCCAUGCCGCCGGCGGCGCUGUCAUCGCCUUCGCCGCGCGUGAUCAUCCCGGCGGCGGCGAAGGGUCCCAAGUCGGCCACACCGCCGUCGGCAGCGCCGCCGCCGGUGGCUGCGGCACCCCCAUCCGGCGCUAGCUGGAGCGACGAUGUCCAGGAGGCGGCGGUGGACGCCUAGAUGAUAAGCUCGCUUGCCGGGAUCCCGAAAUGGGAUCCUACCUCUGCUGGAAGAAGCAUUUGCGGGUUGCUUGAGAUUAUUGUUCUUCUUCGAUUGCCUAGGAGCGCGCGCAUUACCACUGUGCAUGCAAACACGUGAGCAGCCUCCCGCCCUUCAGACUGACAGUUCAGUGCACGUACAUGCAUGGGUGCUCGCUGGCACCACUGCGCUCGUACGUUGUGAUAGCACGUGCGUUAAUUGUGUUACUUCAUUCUCGCCUGGAUGGUGUGAUACGUACACAUAAAUACCCGAGUUACCAGAUCCCAUGCCAGGAGUAGUGUGCUGAUGAUGAUUAGCACAUCAGAAGAUGCAGCUGCGGCACAAAGUAUGGUAGCUGGAGAGCGAGCCUAGCUAGUCUCAUAAACAACGCUCACCGAAACGGUGACUGGUAUGGUGGACUGGAUUGAACGCAAAUCAAGCACGAGACCCAUCCAGGGACACGUGUGUGUCACUGUUGCUGCUACUGCCGCUACUACUGCUACUGCUGCACAGCAAUCUUGCGCUCGUUUGGUGUUGUUCGUUUAAUGGAGGGGUGUGGACACCAGCCCAAUUCAUGCCAGUCCCAUUGAUGCCAGCCCAUCCAAUGCCUUUGGGUCUGUCAACCAACCUCGUCGCUGUGUUUGUGCCUCGAUUGCUACUGCUAUUGCUCUGCCUAAAUGCUGAAAUACAACAUGAUGGGCCGUGCUGAGCCACGCCGUUCGUUUUGUUACUAUGACAACACAUUAUGCACAUUCAGCAGAAGUCGAUUGACACGCCGCGCUUCGGGGUCCUGCCGAUUCCAAACCGCGCAGGUGUCUUGAUAAGCGCCUGUGUGGAACAUGGUGCCUGCUGUGCUGUUUGUUGUCGUUCAUUAAUCGGCUGCGUUCGCUGCGGGCAUGCUAGGUGUCCGUUGAGGGCACGUCCAGGGGCAUCGCCUUCAUCCUUUACUUUGAGCGCGACAGCAGCAGCGAUAAACUUUUAAUGCUUGGGGCAACCGCUAAACAGUUUUCCGAUGCCUGGAGUCUGGGGGUGGGGGCAAGGCAGGUAUGAGGGCUGAUUCUCGGGGGCAGGCCGGUUUGGCCUCAGACGGAGUGACGUUGUGCGUGUGGGUUCAGCCUUUUGUUCCCUAGAUGAGGGGAGCCUUGCUUAUUAUCAGAUGCCUGAGAAUGGCGCAGCCGGCGGCAGGUGUAGCGCUGGGGCGUAUUACUACGCGAACUGCUAGGGCCGCCGCUCUGCGUGGAUGCCUGUGUGCAUUUAGAUGUCGUGCUUGCAUCACACGCUGGCUACUGGGGCUGCAGUGAGUGGCUGGGAACCGUCUCCCUCACCUAUGCCACCGGUACCCGCACGCUUGAGAGGGAGAGCCACCUUUCUUGUCUCCCAGUGAGUACUAUUUACAGUUGCUGGCGUAGCUGCUGACAUUAUUAUAACAGGGUUUCGUUGUGCUCAUGCUGUACGAGGGCGCGCAGAGGUGGUGCUGUACGAGUAUACCGGUAUGCGCAACCAAUGUUAUACAGUUGCAUCAGAAGAGGCCCCGGUAAUGACGCGCCCGGGCUUAAG